AUGUUGCCAAGCGUGGUAUUUUGUUCGGUUUUAUGUAUCACCACCACCGUUAUAAGGGCGGCAAACAUAUUGGUCUUCAUGCCUUUACCGAUUAAAAGCCAUGUCCGUGGAUUCCAACCGUUGUUCGAAGAAUUGUCAAACCGAGGGCACAAUGUAACCGUAGUCAGUUCAUUCCCUCUAGAUCGCACGAUUGCCAACUACACAGAUAUAGGACCAUUUAUAGACAAAACAAGAGGGAGAAACGUAAUGGAUUUAGUACGCAUGAACUUUGUAACAUCAGUUCAGUUGAAAUGGCGCAUUGGGAUACAACUAUCAGAAAUGGUCAUGUCACAUAGAAAUAUGAAACAAUUCGUUCGAUCUAAUUCAAACUCGUUCGAUUUGGUUAUGGUCGAAACUUUCGGUCAAGAAUAUGCUGUGGCCAUGGGUCACAAAUUCAAGGCCCCUGUCAUUAAUCUAGCACCAGCAAUGAUCUGGGCCAGUAUCAGCAAAUGGCUGCACGUCCCUUCCACGUUUUCGUACAUACCGGAUGCGUGUACCCAAUCAACCAGUGACAUGGGUUUCGUCGAACGUCUAAAGAACACUAUUACUGGGUUCAUGCAAUCAUAUGUAGAAAAUUACAUGUAUUUACCCAAAACGAAGGAAGUUAUGAACACAUACCUCAAGUACAAGGGCUGGGAAUCUAGGCCUCCACUCGAGCAUAUGUUGAACAAUGUAUCACUAACACUGGUCAACUCUCAUAACGCGAUUGGUAUAUCUAGACCAUACCUUCCGGGUAUCAUUGAGGUGGGUGGGAUGCACAUCAAAGACCCAAAACCUCUGCCCAAAAAUCUUCAAACAUUUUUAGAUGCAGCAGAUCAAGGAGUAAUAUUUUUUAGUUUUGGUACUCUGGUUAAUUUAAAUGACUUACCUAAAGAAAAAUUUAAUGUUUUUAUUAAUGUCCUUGGAAGAUUAAAACAAAAAGUAAUAAUAAAAUGGACACCCGAAGAUAGUAAUGUAAAGCUGUCUCAAAACAUCAUGACUGGUUCGUGGUUUCCACAAAGAGAUAUUUUAGCUCAUCCAAAUGUAAUACUUUUCAUUACUCAUGGAGGAUUACAUAGCUUAGAAGAAACUGUUUGUAAUGCAAAACCUAUAGUCGGAGUACCUUUUUUCGCUGAACAGAAUUUUAACAUGAAAAUAGUUGAGGAAAAAGGUUAUGGCAAACUAGUAAAUUUUUUUGAAAUAACUGAAGAAUCCUUUGGAAAUGCUAUCGAUGAAGUGUUGUCCGACGUCACGUUUAAAGAGAAGGCAAUGAGACAAAGUCUGGUAUACAAAGAUCAACCAAUGAAACCUCUAGAUCGUGCUGUUUACUGGGUCGAGUAUGUUAUUCGGUAUGGUGGAGCUGGACAUUUAAAAAGUGACUCCAUAGGGUUAAAUGAUUUACAGUAUUUUUUGUUUGACAUCUCAUUCAUUUUAUUUCUUUCUUUUGGACUGAUUGCUUGGUUGUGUAAUUUUUUAAUUGCAAAAGUUAUGUUUAAACAUUUAAAAGCAACUUAA